CCUCUCCUACUUAUCCCCAUUUUUUUUUCUAUAUAUACUCCCUACCCUUCGCUCGGUUUCCCCAUUUUUCUCUGUGCCCUUUUUGUUGCUGCCGCUUCUUACGUCUAGACAGAGCGCUCGUUUCUUUUUUUGUUUCUUUCUUUCUUUUUGGAUUCCCGUUUUGUUGCUCUCACUGUUCCGGCGCCAGAAGAACGUUUGAGUAUUACACGGUUGGGAGCUUUGGGAUUUUUCAAUCGUGAAAAGACUUUUUUGUGGGUCUCAAAGGCAAUGGAGGUAUACGGCAAAACCAUGGCUGCUGCCCCUGCAAAUGUUAUUUAUUUGUCUACUAUUCUGGGCCGUGAUGGGCCUAUGCCUGUUCACAAAUGCGAUUGGAAAUGUCAAAAUGAACAUGUUUGUGGCAACAUGUAUCGCUGCAAACUAACAGGAAUCACACACAUCUGUGACAAGAAUUGUAACCAGAGAAUUUUGUAUGAUAACCAUAGUUCCCUUUGCCGGGCAAGCGGCCAGGUCUUCCCCCUUACGUCAGCUGAGGAACAGGCGGUCAGAGGCGUCAGGAGGAAGUUUGAUGCUGACAAUUCCCCACCCUCUGAUAGCUGUGGUUUUAAGCGCAGACGCGAUGCGCAGUUUCAUCCUUCUCCUUUCGAGAGAUCUUUCUCUGCUGUUAGUCCGAUCUGCAGCCAAGUUGGAGAUGGCAUGGAUAUGAGCUAGAUUAGAUUAGAAUUUAGAUUAUAUUUAUAUAUAUAGUAUCGUAUUAUUAACCUCAAAGACUCCUUUAUCUUGUUCCACUUAUCGUGUUCCGUUGAAACUUAUUCCAUUUUGCUUCUUCUCAUGGGAGAAAUAUGGAUCAUGGAUAAUAGACUUAAUGUUGGUGAUCUGAUGAUGGUGGACCCAUUGGCGUUCUACCUGCCUGUAGGAAAAAAAACACUUUUAUUUCUUAUCUUAAUGCUAUAUAGCUCUUCGCCUAGCUUCAUUUUGAAACUGGAAUUUCAUUCAGUUUCUUUCUAACUCUUCUCUAACCAGGUUUAUCAACUUUGACAGCUACAGCGUACUUCUAGGUUCUUAAUAGGAGUUGGAAUUGUUAUGUUUUUCAUUUAGCAGUUUCUUGGUUAUUUAUGUUUAUUCUAAUUGUUAAUUUUGUACCUUUUUGUAAUUAUUUUAUUGAGCUUGCGAAUUUGUGGAUGUAGGGCCCAAUAUUUGAUGUUAACCUAGCUUGGAAUCAUAAUGGUUUUACUGAUUCAUUUGUAGUUCAUUUUAUAAACAUUGUAUUUAUUUUCUUAGUUUGUCGAUAUAUUGUGUUGGGAUUCUAGAACUCAUUUGUGAUUUGACUAGUUUAUUGCAGGUUGAAGAGGAAUGACAUGGCUGUUGUCAUGUGUUCUAUAUGUUCUAGUUUAUUCUUUUGUUUCUUUUCUUGGUUAAUUUGUUACAUGAGAUCCUGAAGUGUAUGUUGAUUUUGCAGGGGUUGAAAGUGUGCAAUUCAGGAGAGUUUAAAUAUGCUUUUGCAAUCAUGAAUGAAAACUUUCCAUUUUAGGCUUUGUGAAUUUAAUUUUCUGAAUCAUUUCUGUGCAGGUAAUUAUGUCAUUGCUUAUGUUGGAUGUCAAAACAAUGCCUGUUACUGCUGAUGAAGUAGGUUCCAUGUUAUGCUUCCUGCCUGCUAUUAGCAGUCUGCCCUUUGGAGGGAUUGACCCCAUAGAAUGCAAGGUGGUUCAACCUUACAUAAGUCAAAUAUCUUAAUGUUAUCAGCGGAAGGCAACAACGUAGAACCAAUGGCUAGUGCCACGGGUAAAGGUGUGCUGUUGAGUUUUGCACGUGGAAGAACUGCUACAUGCAAAUGUUUUUUAGUUGCCAUGUUCUGGCAGCUUUGGUCGGUAGAAGAAACCAAUGGUGUCUUCUGCUUGGCUGCUUAUGAACACAUUUUGUGUUACCGCUGUUGGCUUUCUGAAUACUAUAGGUACAUUUUCACUUUGAGGUCGGAACCUGGUUUGCCAAAUUAAAAUGGAGUAUUAAGCAAGGUGAUUGAUCCGCUUACCAUUCCAUUGCUUGGUUAACUUGCUUGCUGUCAUCUCUAUGCUGAGAAUGAAAUAACAUAUUGCUUGCCUGGUUCUACUAGAUCAGCUGCUCAAAAUGUUUGGUCGCUGUUUGGAACCAAUGAAGAAGUGAGAUGGCCAUUUGUGAAUUUGUUGAGAAUCAACUUGUGCUUAUCAGAAGGCUCCCAUGUCCCGUCCAUGUUAAAUUGCGAGGAAAACAACAUUUGCUAAGAUAAGUUGGCAUUAGCGCUGAAUUUAGCUGGUGAAGUAGUUCUGGAUUUGGUGGCUGAGGUGUACAGCUGGGAAAUUUUCGUGGGUUGUAUCGGACUUGAAACAUCAAAGCUUUUUCUGUUGUCCUGGCAAAUUGGCAGGGCUAGAAAAGCAUUUCUGGUAACAGUCACAUCUAGCCCAUCACAUGGACUGUUGCUGAGUUUUAGCUGCUGUGGAUCACGUCCGGGUUGGUGACCCGCAGAACAAGGAUGUUAUAAGUUGUGUUGUUCUGAAACGUUCAAGUUUUGUUAAAUGCAACUCCUCCUGCCAAGACAACGCUCAUCCAAUCUUGUUACACACGGAUGCUGCAGCAGCCCCAGCCUGUUAGCUGUCUGCAUACUUAACACUAUUGUGAAGCAGUGUUCCUUGAAUUUUUAUACAUAGCACCAAAAGUCAAUCUCCCGUUUUACUGUUGAUUUCUUAGCUCAUUGUAACGACCCUUCCUCUUUUCUUUCCCAUUUUCUUCUGCUGUCCAUGUUUGUGACUUGCAGCCUUAGAAAAAAAAGCAGCAACUGUGCCAGUUAGUUUAGGUUUGUGCUGGUACAACAUUUGUUAUGUGAUUGAUCUAUACAGUUAUGUUAUUCUCAAUUUUCAUCAAGGGAAAUUUUAAUUGGGUGAA